AUGGUCUCGAACGAACCGACGCCAAAACCUGACAUGGAGCUGCUGCCCAGGGGAGUCGUUGUCAUUGCGGGAGGUGGACCAAUCGGUCUGCUACUUGCGCGAGUUCUCUCCUUCUAUGGUGUGAAGUCGAAACUGUUCGAACGCAAUAAGACCACCACCAAGUGGCCCAAAAUGGACCUGACCAACGCUCGAUCAAUGGAGAUAUUUCACAAGCUGGGCCUCGCCGAUGACCUCCGAAAGCAAGGCGUACCGCCGGGUAUCGAUCAGAAUGUCAUCAUAUCCACUGGGCUCUCUGCUGAAAAGCCGCUCACGCAGUGGGACCUCCCAGGAGUAGACAAAUUCAGAUCUCAAAUCCAGAACACAAAUAACGGCACACAGCCCCAAGAGCCCUGGCAGAGAGUGUCUCAAGCCAUCUUUGAAAGAUGGCUGAAGAACAUCUGCGACGACGAUCCUCUUAUUGACCUCAACUAUGGCUUCAAGGUUGAACACGUUGAAGAGCAAGAGGACUUCGCACACAUGACAAUCACAGACAUGAAUACCGGAGAGAGAACCGUUCUAAGAUCCGACCAUGUCGUGGGAUGCGACGGCGCCUCUAGUCGAACGCGGAGGUUCUGGCAUAUCUUCCUUCUCGGCCAGUCAGGCAAUUUUGAAGGGGCCAUCAUCUCGCAAGACGAGAAAGAUACCUGGACGACCCAUCUGUUCCUGCCCCUUGAUGCUGAGCCCGAAAAGAUCGAAUCUCGCGAUGCGGUCUACCGUGUCCUUGGAGGGCUUUACGAGCCGUACAAAUUCCAGAUCGACGAGAUUCUGGUGCGCUCCAUCUGGAGGCCAAAUGUCGCCGUGACACGCCAAUGGAGAAGCAGCGAAGGGCAUGUGUUCCUUGCCGGCGACUCGGCACACCAGAAUAUUCCCACCGGGGGGUAUGGGAUGAACAUGGGUAUUGGGGAUGCCUUCGACCUCGGAUGGAAGCUCGCCUCAGUCAUCAAUGGUGAGGGCGGGCCAGAGCUCCUCAGGUCGUAUGAGCUAGAGCGCAAGCCAGUAGCCCUCAAAAAUGUGGAGCGGUCCCAUGAUCACUUCAAAGUUCACAAUGAGUUGCAGACGCUGCUCGGCGGCGGUGACCCUCGUCGCGUCGAUACCGACACAAAAGAAGCACAUCUGCUCAGACAGCGUGUUGACGAAUUCUAUCAAAGGCACGAUGGAGAAAACAGGGGCCUUGGAAUUGAGAUGGGAUACCGGUACAACUCACACAUUAUUGUACAUCAAGAAGACGACGGCAGCGAGCCUCCCUCGGAUCCGCGUUGUUACACGCCAACAACAUGGCCCGGUGGUCGACCUCCCCACAUUUUUCUUUCCGAUGGCACCGCUAUAUUUGACAGGUUUGGCAAACACUGGUCACUUCUUUGCUUCACGGAUACUGAUGUGGGACAAUGUCAUCUUAUCCAAGCCGCGAACGAUUUGGGCUUGAGUCUGUCGCUGAUCAAUCUUCCAGGAGAGGCGCAAGCUAGAACCUUGUAUGAGCGAAACCUGGUUCUAAUUCGCCCAGACCAGCAUGUCGCCUGGAGAGCUGAGACAGUGAACUCACCGGCGAUCGCAGAUACUGUUCUACGGACUGUCUCUGGGCACAUGACUACGGAGGUGAAGAAUCCGGUCAUCGGGGAUGCAAAGCCUGGAAUAGAAGUGCCUGCUGAAUCGGGGGUGAAGGCAUAG